GUUGCUGAUGUCGUCUGAGAGGGCUGUUGUUGGUUUCCCAUUCAGACUCCAAGUUUUCUUCUUCGACUAGAGUAUCUCGUCACUGAGUGUUCGCCAUCCGAUCGGCGAGUUGUGUCUUUCGAGGACCUGAUCAAAUUCCAUCGCGUUCCGAGCGAUUCCGUGAGCAUGGAGAGCGACGAUGAAUUGGCUUUUGGCAUCGACUCGGGGAAUGAAACCUCUGGAGAAGACGAGGAAAUGUGUUUGGAAGCAGAACCCGCCAACUGUCCCGGAGGGAAGCGCGGUGAAGACGACUCGCCCUAUCAGGUUCUAUCGACUGAACAAAUCGUAGACCACAUGGUGGAAACAAUCCGGGAAGUCAACAUGAUAGUACAAAUUCCGCCCACAACAACCCGAAUAUUGCUGAAUCACUUCAAAUGGGAUCGGGAGAAACUAUACGAAAAGUACUACGAUGGUGAUCCUGAGAAGCUCUUUCAACAGGCACAUGUCGUCAAUCCUUUCAAAAUGUUCCCAAUCGGAGAAAAGAAGCUGAUGCCACAAAGCUCAACAGAAGAGUGUGACAUAUGCUUGAAAAGGGUACCCUCCUGCCAAAUGGCCGCCCUUGCUUGCGAACAUAGAUUUUGUACAGAUUGCUGGAAUCAGUAUCUGACAACGAAGAUCAUCGAAGAAGGUGUCGGCCAAACUAUCUCUUGUGCUGCUCAUGGUUGCGACAUACUCGUCGACGACCAGACAGUCAUGCGUCUAAUAAUAGAUCAGAAGGUCAAACUCAAAUAUCAGCAUCUAAUUACGAACAGUUUCGUUCAAUGCAACAGACUUCUUCGUUGGUGUCCGAAGCCAGAAUGUACCAACGCAAUAAAAGUGAGCUACGUGGAGGCACGGUCUGUGACGUGUCGAUGCGGCCAUGUUUUCUGCUUCGCGUGCGGAGAAAACUGGCAUGAUCCCGUCAAGUGUAGUCUUUUGAAGAAAUGGCAGAAAAAGUGUGACGAUGACUCAGAGACGUCCAACUGGAUCGCAGCUAACACUAAAGAAUGCCCGAAAUGCAACGUGACCAUCGAGAAGGAUGGCGGUUGCAAUCACAUGGUUUGCAAGAAUCAGAACUGCAAAAUGGAGUUUUGCUGGGUCUGUCUCGGCCCGUGGGAGCCUCACGGCUCGUCUUGGUACAAUUGUAAUAGGUUUGACGAAGAGGAGGCCAAGAAAGCUCGGGAUUGCCAGGAGAAAUCUCGGGCGGCCCUCCAGAGAUACCUGUUCUAUUGCAACCGCUACUUGAACCACAUGCAAUCGUUAAAGUUUGAGAACAAACUCUACACGUCGGCCAAGCAGAAGAUGGAUGAAAUGCAGCAACACAACAUGUCGUGGAUCGAAGUGCAAUUCUUGAAGAUAGCUGUGGACGUCCUGUGUCAGUGUCGUCAGACUUUGAUGUACACUUACGUCUUCGCCUACUAUUUGAAAAAAAAUAAUCAGAGCGUGAUCUUCGAGGAUAAUCAACGGGACUUGGAGAACGCAACGGAAAAACUAAGUGAAUAUCUCGAGAGAGAUAUCACGUCGGAAAACUUGCAAGACAUCAAGCAAAAAGUUCAAGACAAGCACAGGUACUGCGAGAAUCGACGACGAGUGCUCCUGGAUCAUGUGCACGAAGGAUAUGAAAACGACUGGUGGGAGUAUAACGAUGAAAUCAAGGCGCUGCCCAAGUAACUCAAGUCUGGAGAGGCGAAUCAUCAUAAAAUCAUUGUAUUCGCAAUAGUCUUCGUUAGAGUAGUUUCUGUUCGUACGACUUAUCGUGCAAGCAGAACUGCGAGGGGCGACCUUAUCGAGGUCUUAAGUGUGUCUCUCACAAAGUUUUCGUGAUACAUCGACUUUUUCGUUCAUUUAAAUGACUGCCCUCGUUUGUAAUUCUGCUCCUUGAUGGUUUCCCCGCCAGCUCUACCAGCAAGCAUUGAAAGCGAUUCUGUCGCUCCUCUUUCGGAACUGAUCGGCUAAUUUCCGCUCAUCAGUCCACGGGGAGAGUCCCUUAGGGAGCCAAAACUGAAACCAAUAUCGUCUGAUGUGAGUUCCGAAGCUAAAUCAGAGAGCUGGACAUUUGGAUGAGACAAGUCCGUUGAUAAGGCGCCGUGACCUCGAGUGUUUGUUCAAUCUAUAGUGAAUGGAAGGAUUUCGGGCUUUUCAGUCGCAGGGGGAUCGUUUCAAUCCCGUCGGGUGUCCUCGGUGACUACAUUCGGCUGACGGUCGGAUUUCGGAGAAACGUGCACCGACGGGCCCCUGGAGUACUGAUGGACAGGGAGAAGUGAGGGAAAAAUUCAGUUGUUGGUAGAAAAUUGAAGAGACGCAGAUGAGACGCAACACAUCCGAACAGCUAGAUAGCGUAAUAUAAUUCUCCGUUUAAUCACAUUCAACCAUCGACUCAGUUCAAUUUCCCGAAACGUUUGCCGGUCAAUAUGCUGUUUUGGCUUACCGGCUCAUCAUAUUCGAUCAUCUAGAUUAUCAUCAUCCGCGGUAUGGAGUCGAAAAUCUACUGUUUAAACCUAGUCGGACCCUGAAGUUACAUGCAUAGUUUGUUCAUCUCUUCUAAUUCGUCCCAUUCUCAUGGAGGCUGUGAGGAGCGAGGCCGCGCGUGGGAACUGAGGAAUAUACAGACUGGGUUCCUUUCCACGCUUUUUUUUGGGAAAAAAAACACAUGCCGCCGAGGGGGAAAUGUUUGUUAAAAAAGGGGAAAAAUGGUCCAGGCACAACUGAGGCACAAAAUAAAAAUACUGUCAAUUUAAUAUGA